UCAGAUUUAAAAUAGGUUCGGACGAGACUCUGACCCUUGCUUCGGGAAGCCGUUAGGACUACCGAAUCUCUCUAUCUCCGCCAUUUUUCUUUUCUUUUCGCGUUGUUCUCUUCUUUUGCUCUUUUCCCUCUUCGAUUCAAACUCUCUUCUUUUCCAUUUCUCUCACUGUACCAUGUGAAAAUCCAUGCUCCCCGUCGUUCAUCACAGACACAGGAGGCGAGAUUACAAUACUCAAAAAGAGAAAGAGAAAAAGAAAGGAAAAGAUAGAGAGAGGAGAGAGAGAGAGAAAAAAAAAAAGAUUACCGCUUUCUUGAUCCCUCUCCAUGGAAGACUUUUUCUCUCUUGAUUCCGAAAACUGUGAACUUACAGGGUUCAUUUUGGAACCUCAUCAAUCAAUUACCAAUUUAGGGCCAGGGUUUGUUAGGAGUGACUGGGUUCUUUAAUUGGUCUGAGUAUCAGAGAAUACGAAAGGAGUGAACAUGGUCAAGAAAUCUUUGGGAAGCGUUGUAAAGAAGAGGCUCUCUGAUAUAACCAACUUCCAGAAUCGAGUCAGUUCUCCGGGCCAAGAUGACAAGCCUAUUCCCAUUUCUUCUGUGACCAAGGACUACAUCGACAAGCUCCGCAAGGAGAACGCUGUACUGAUGCGGCUUCUACAAGACCGAAACAAAAUCAUCGAAUUGAGUGGAUUUGAGUUGCAGAAACUGCGAAUGAACUUGCGGAAAUUGCAACAACAAAAUUGGCAACUUGCUCAAGCAAACAGCCAGAUGUUAGCAGAACUUAACUUGGGCAGAGACAGGCUUAAAGCCAUGCAGCAUGAGCUUGGAUGUAAGGAAGCCCUGCUUAAAGCAAAGAAUUCGGAGUUGGAGAUUUGGUCUUGUUUCCGAGCUUUCUUGUACCCUCAACCUCUUACAAUCCAGGAGAGUACAGUUAAGCGUGCGGAAGCAGCAGAAGAAAGCUUACAAGAUAAAGAUGAUAAUAAGACUAGUAAUCCUACUAGGAGGCGCCAAUCAAGGAUUCAAUCUGCAGGUCCUGCUGGGACACAAGUAGCUUCAAAAGAGAAGGAUGACAACAAAAGCAGACUUUGUCUGAGAAGGCAAUCCACUAGGUUUAGACAACUUGAACCUACUGAAGAUUUGUUUGAGAUUGAAGAUGUUAAAUUCCCAGUCCAUCCACUGCUUGAUGAUCAAAUACAUGACGAUAUUCCUAUUUCAUCAAAUUCACCAACCACAAAAGAGGAGGCAGAAAGAAAGAGUGCUCCAAAGGAAGAAUUACGAAGAUCAUCAGUUGGAAGGCCCUUGCGCAGGGCUGUUGAAAAGGUUCAGUCUUACAAGGAAAGACCAGUUAAGAUAAAAUUGCGAAGAUCUGAGUAACUGCAAACUAACUUGUUUGUAUUGCAAUUUGCAAAAGAGGGGUGUGAGCACCACCGGUGUCUGCAUAAUUCCCUGUGAUAUUAUUUUUUCUGUAAAAGUAAUGUGUUUUCUUUGUGGAAGUGUGAAAUUCCAGCUAAUUCAAAUCUGGUCUUUCCUUUCUUUAUCAUCUGUGGGUGAUCAAGAAACGCCAGACAAAUAAUUGACCAAAAUUUCCCCA